AUGCCGCAAAUACAGAAAAUGGCUCCUGCAUUCAAAGGUACCGCCGUUAUUAAGGGUGUGUUUCGCGAUAUCAGCUUGGUCGAUUAUCGCGGCAAAUAUUUAGUGCUAUUUUUCUAUCCCAUGGAUUUUACAUUUGUCUGCCCCACCGAGAUUGUAGCAUUUUCGGAUCGUAUCGUUGAAUUUCGCAACAUUGGAUGUGAAGUGGUCGCGUGCUCUACUGAUAGCCAAUAUACUCACUUGGCUUGGGUUAACACGCCACGUCGCCAGGGCGGCUUGGGUGAAAUGGAUAUACCAUUAAUGGCCGACAAGUCAAUGAAAAUUACACGGGACUAUGAUAUAUUGGAUGAAGAGACUGGAAUACCGUACCGUGCCCUAUUCAUUAUUGAUAGGAAUCAAUUGUUACGUCAAAUCACUAUCAACGACAUUCAUGUGGGACGCAGUGUCGAUGAGACAUUGCGCUUGGUGCAGGCAUUUCAAUUUACCGACGAACAUGGCGAAGUCUGCCCGGCAAAUUGGAAGCCCGGACAAAAAACAAUGGUUGCCGAUCCCCGUAAAGCAAAAGAAUACUUUGCAAUCGCUUCCUAA